CCGUCGCAGCGCAAACACGGAAGUUGUGACUGCAGCAGCAGAAGCUCCAAACUAUCUCCGGAGUCACUACAUUAGCGCACUACACUCGAGUUACUAUAACAGCUGCUGCUCACUAUGAAGUGCACUUUACAACAAACCCUGGAGUGAUUUGUGAUGAAACCACAGAAAGUUUAAUCUGAACACGUUGUGAGUGAAGAGCAGCACACGCUGGAGCAGGGGAGCGACAUUUCACACCUGCUGUGUCAUUUAUAAACACAAACACAAACAAAAAACAAAAUGGUGGGGAAAAUAAAGCGCGUGCGACAGAAACUUCACCACGACGCUGUGAAGAUAAAUCCUGGGAAGGAAAAAACGUCAUUAAGUCUGGAAACUAAUGUGGAAAAGACACCCAGGUUACCUUUAAACAUCACUACAAAACCAGAAACACGAAAAAAACCCAGAGACCUGAAGGCCUUUAACUUCCCCAAGGGGGUUUUUGCUGGUACUGUGAUUCCUCCUGAAGCUCUGGUUCAGACUCUCAGUGUUUCUGAGCCUCCGGCGGAACCGACAGCGGAACCGACAGCGGAACCGACAGCGGAACAGCCCCGAGGUGUUGGGGAAAAGAAGCAGCAGUCGAAGAAAGAGAAGAUGAAGGAGAGACGAGAGCGAUGGCUCAACAAGAUCAGCGCCAUUAAACUGGCCCGAGAGAAGCAGGCGGAGCUCGCACGCCGCAAGGCCACGCCCGUCGUCGGGGAUAUGAGGAUAUUGGCUGAUGCACUUCCUGAGCUCCACCCCUUCAUCAGAGCCCCCGCCUCCAAGAAACAGAAAGGUGUGGUGAAGAAGAAAGCAGAACCCACAGAUUUCUGUCAGAUGAAGCCAGCGCAGAAACGCAAACUGCUUGAGAUGGAAACGUCCCGCUUCAGUGAAGCCAUGAAAGACUCCGCCUUCAAGUCCAACCCCCUCGCUGCGAUUGGUGAACACUUGAGGAAACGCCUCAAACAGGAAGAUGAGCAGAGUUAACUCCGCCCACUUCCUCCUGACAGACUCCUCCAUAAUCACACACUCUGACACCCAGUGUGAUCUGAGCGCCGCUCUGUCUCUGCUGUCACUGUGUGUGUGUGUGUGUGUGUGUGUGUGUGUGUGUGUGUGAUAUAUAGCCCUGUCUUUGCCAGUUCUUCCAUUAUUAUUCCCAGUGCUCGAGUUCAGAUUAAAGAGAAGAACUUCGAGAUGUUUCUCGGCACUAAAACGGCUCUGACUGUUCCACUGUGAGAAGAAGACUAUGAUCUCUUCUGCUCUGCAAAAAAUUAUUGCAAUAUUAAAGAAAUAGUUCAUAAAGUCA